AUGGCGCUGCACGGGGCGUGGGAGGCCAAUCAGGCCGCAGCCUGCUGCCAGACCUGGGGCGGCGCCUACGGCAGCGCCGGUUACCCGCCUGGCGGCGGCGGCGGCCGCCGCCGCGGCCGCGACCAGCAGCUGCUGCUCUACCUGCUGGCCCUGCUGGGGCAGCAGGUGGCGAGGCUGGAGCGCAAGCCACCCAUCACCAUUCUGCUCGUCGUCGCCCAAGUGUUUUUCUUCUUGCAGCCCGAGGGGUUUGAGUGGGUGCCUUCCAUCCGCCAGGGCUGCCUGCUGCCGCGCAGCAUCCUGUCUGGCCAGUGGGGCCGCUUGCUGUGGAGCCCCUUCCUGCACGCGGACAACCUCCACCUCUACUACAACAUGACCUCGCUGCUGUGGAAGGCAAGCCAGCAGCUGGGUGCCGGGCGCUGCUGUUUCUGGGGCAGCCAGCUGGAGCCGCGGCUGGGCAGCGCCGCGUACGGCGCGCUGGUUGCUGAGCUGGCGCUGGUCAGCAACGCGCUCUACAUGGGUCUGGCAGCCCUGCUGGCCCGCCAUGCCCCCGCCCUGGGCUGGUCCCUCAUGCACGCCUGCGCCGUGGGUUUCUCUGGGGUGCUCUUCGGCAUGAAGGUGGUGCUCAACCACAACUCGCCCGGCUGGUCAGAGAUCUAUGGGAUCGCACUGCCCACCAAGGCAAGUGCAAGCAUGUACGCCUGCUGGGCGGAGCUGCUGGUGAUGCAGCUGCUGGUACCGGAGGCCUCCUUCUGGGGCCACCUGUGCGGUAUCCUAGCCGGCCUCCUGCAUGUGCUGCUCACCAGCCGCCUGCCGCUGCCGCGCGGCGGCCGCGGCGGCGGCGGCGGCGGCGCUCUGGGGUGCUUCUUCGCGUCGCUGUUUGGCGGCGGCGGCGGCGGCCGCCGCGCGCGCACGUACGGGCACGGCACGUGGGGCGGCGGCGCCAGCGGCAGCGGCAGCAGGCCGCAGGCACACUCGUGCUGA